AUGAAUUGGUGAACAUGAAGGAGUCAUGUGUGCUUCUGAGCCACCUCGAAAAAAUGUCUGUGAUCAAACUCUUAUGGUCACAGAUCACCUGGCAGUUGACAGCUGCAUAACCUUUGCGGCAUAUAGAACAAUGCUUCUUAUAAAUAUAUAAAUCUUAUAAAUAUAUAAAUACGUAUACAUAUAACAGCGCUGGUAAAACAUGUCUGUAAUCAACUUUUUAUCUGUACUUGUAGAAAUGUAUUGGCUAGAUGACACAUAUUUGUGCUACUGUCACCGUUAAUAUAUAGAUUUUAUAUAUUAAUAAUAUUGAAACUUACAUGCUUAUGUCUGAAAAUCAUGAAUCAUUAGUAGGGCUGGCAAACAAUAAAUCGCGAUUAAUCGCAUACAAAAUAAAAGUUUUAGUUUGCCUAAUAUGUGUGUGUAAUGUGUGUAAUUAUUAUGUAUAUAUAAAUACACACACUUUAAUGUAUAUAUUUAAGAGAAAUAUGUUGUUUAUGUACAACAUAUUUUUAUUAAUAUAUAAUGUAAAUUCUAUUAAAAAAAAUAAUAAAUACAUAUAUACUUAAAUAUUUCUUAAAUAUGUACAUGAAUGUGCUUGUAUUUAUAUAUACAUUCACGAGUUCACCCUUACAUCUAAUCUGGUUGAGUAAACAGUAAGCAUAUUUUGGCGUGCUGUCCUGGGGGAGGGCUCUGAGCCCGGAACAUGGCCCGAACCCAGAGAACUCCCCCCAUCCCAAGUGUGGGAUGAGGACAGAUUAAGAGUGAGGAGUUGGGGUGGAGGGGGGAUGCCGAAAAACAGUCGAAUGACGGAGGUAAGACGGCUGUGUGCAUAUAUAUAUGACAUCUGCUAGAUUGGAUGAUUACCUAGACGAGUUGCACCUGAGCCAAAUUAGUUGAUUAUCUGAUCAUGCUCCUCCCGAACUUUGUUAUCAAACAUCAUUAAUAAUUACACACAGUACACACACAUUAGGCAAACUCAGACUUUUAUUUUGUAUGUGAUUAAUCGCAAUUAAUUAUUAGUAAUUAGUCAUUCACUUCAGAAACACUUGGAAAAACUCAUAAGAUUUUUAUAGUAUUUCAGGGCUAUAGGCCUUGUAUGGUUCAACAAACACAUGGACAGCAAAAAUAUUGCAACAACACAGUUUUAUUAAUUUGGGUUAUUUAGUUCCCCAGGACCUGCAAGACACAUUGUACAGUGGGCUGUCAUAACUACAUAUAGAAAACAUUUCACAUUGCACAAGAAAUGACAGAAACUUACUAAAUCCCCACUGAACAAUAAUCAUAUUACCUGACUCUUCUGGCAAGAUAAUUUGGCACAGAAAUGGAAGGCCUUGCAAACCUCAUCUCCUCUAAUGCAAGUCUCUUCUCUUCUAAGGUCAACUUAACUCAAUGAGCUGCUGAACUUUGGAUUGCGUCAUAAAACGAAACUCAGAACAUUUUUUUAUUUUGUUUUGUUAAUCUGUCAAAGAUUUAAGUUAAAUCUUUUGUGAAUAGGCCCAUAUAUUUGUUUUUAUGUAAGCCUAUUGUUUUAUUCUGUUUUUUCUGUUCACAGAAGCGCUGUAGGUGCAUGUGAUUUGUUGAAUCCAUCUUACCUAUGAUGACUUGUUGGAUGCGUCAGCUUACAUUUGCAUAGGCUGUACUACUUGAAUUCAUGAUUGGUUGACAGCAAAUUUCAAAUAUUAAAUGGAACAAUAAAAUAGUGUUAUCAACCGGUUAAUGGCCAUUUAAAAUUUUCGAUCCUGUUUGGAACUAUAAAAUUUCAUUUCAUUUCUGUUUCUGUUACAAUGUUGUUGUUGUAUAUAGAUUUUAGGCUUUCUGACCCCAAGAUUCAACUGAUCUCUCUAAUUCUCCAGCUGUGAUCCUUAGAGAGUCUUUGGCCACUAAAACUCUCCUCCUCAGCGUACAUUAGAACAUCUUAAGUUAAUUGGAACUUCUUAAUUAUUGCCCUGAUGGUGGAAAUGGGGAUUUCCAAUGCUUUAAAUAUUUUCUUACAGCCAUUUUCUAUUUUGUACGAUCUUGUUCUGUACAUCAGAACUAUAUUCUUUGCUUUUACUUCUUGUGAUAGAUGAUGGCGGGAAUUUGGCUUUUGUGUUCCUUACAUUUAUAAUCCUCUGUAACAUUAAGUCAUGGAUGGACAAUUUCAGUCACCCUGGUGUGCUACAAAAUGCAAAUAUAAAUGAAUAUACUUCAUGGAUAUUUUUUUCAUAAGAAUUUCUAGGGGUGCCAAUAAUAGUAGCCAACAUGUUUUGGAGAAAAACAUUCAUUUCAUAACGUGAGUUUCCCUCACUUUCAAUUGUUUACUUCAGUGAAAGUUAAGAAUUUUGUGAAUUUUUUUGAAUGAAAGUUCUAAAAAGAUAAAAUGAUUCAAAUAUUUUUACAGCUGCCUUUGCUUAUAUUUACCAAGGGUGCAUAUUAGUGGGCAGCACUGUAUAAAAAUAUAGAAUAAACUCUGAUGAAUUCCAAUUACUUACAUCAGUUUCAAAUUAUUUUAGAAAAAAAAGUGGCCUGUCAGCCACUUUGCUAUCACGGCUCCAGAGCUGUGAGCUCACAGGGUUCUCCCAUUAAAAUAAAAAAAGCUGACUAUAUCUUUAUGAUUGGCUACAGUGUUCAACUCUUCAUAAGCUUGUUGAAAUGACAUUUCUCAGAGCACAAACACAAAUACACAAGGAAUUGUUUGAAAACGGCAAGUCGGUGCUCUGUAACCUAUUAUAACAGCAAAGCUAGUAUCUUUACAUUUUUACAAUUUUUGUAUCAACUUGGUACCCAAGUACCACUGCUUUUGACAAAACAAGACAAAAUUCAAGACUUUGGUUGUGUGCGUCAGUACACUGGAGCAAUAAAAUGCAUUUUGAUUCAGAAAUCCAUAAAAAUAUUCCAAAUUUGAAUUUAAAUGUUAAAUUUAAAUGCAUGUUUUUUAAAAUGGUCAUGUUUUACAUAAAUAAUAAUAAUAUAAAAAAAAAAACUAACUAAAAUAUUUGUUUCAUAUACACUGCUCAAAAAAAACAAAAUUAUAUAUAUAAUAAGGGAACACUUUAUCAUCACAGUAUAACACUUAGUCAGUUUAAGGAUAUCAAUUUGUCUAGUUAUGAAGCAUAAGUGAUUGUGAAUCUGUUUAACCUGCUUUGGUGCAAAUGAAAGUGACAACAGGUGCACUGAAGAAGCAACAGCAAGACAACCCCUAAAAAGGGAAUGGAGGUUUUGCAGGUGGUAGCUAAAGACAAUUGCUCUCUCUUUAUCCUUUCUGACUGAUUUCACUAGUUUUCCUUUUUCUCUAAUUUUCUCUAGUGUUCCUUGUCUAGGGGUCCUUAUCACCCCUUGUAGCAUGAGGUAGUACCUGCAGCCAAAUCAGUUUACACAGGUAGUCUAGCUCCUUCAGGAUGGCACAUCCAUAUGUGCCAGCACAAAGAGGUUUGGUGUGUCUUAAAGGGGUCCUAUUAUGCCCCUUUUUACAAUGUGUAAUAUGAGUCUCUGGUGUCCCUGGAACGUGUCUGUGAAGUUCCAGCUCAACAUACCCACUGAUCUUUUAUUAUAGCAUGUCAAGAGCAUUGCCCUUCUUUAGGUGUGAGCAAAAACACGGCAUUUUGUUGUGUGUAAAUGCAGAAAGAGGGUGGAGCCUUUACAGCUUGCACUUCAGGUAGUCGGUCAAACGUCAUCAAAACUGGAGAAUCUCACACAGCCAAAAUGUCAGAAAUUAUUCAUAUAAUAUGCAGACAGUAAUAAUUUUUGGGAUAAAACUAAUGACAUAUCUUUGCACUCUGUGAAUACAGUUACAGACAGUCAGAGACAGUGAUUCUUCUGAUUUGUAAAAAAAAAAAAAAAAAAAGGAAUGGGUGAAUUUUUACCAUUAUAGGCUAGUUGUUUACACACACUUUGGACACACAUCAUUCAAACAGCAUGCAAAAGUGAAUUUUGCACAAUAGGUUCCCUUUAAAGCACAGUUCAAGAGCAUGGAAUAGAUACCAGGAAAUGGGCCAUUACACAAGGAGAGCUGGACAAAGCCAUUGAAGAGCAAACAGGACCGUAUGUGAGGAGCAGGAGGAGCAUUGCCAGAGCCCUACAAAAUGACCUCCAGCAAGCUACUGGUGUGCAUGCCUUCUGACCAGACUAUCAGAAACAGAUUCAGUAAGGGUGGUAUGAGGGCCCGACGUCCUCUAGUGCUCACAGCACAGCACCGUGCACCUGUUUUUUUUUUUUUUUGUUUUGUUUUUUUUUUUUCAUUUACCAGAUAACACCAGAAUUCGCAGGCCCACCAUUGAUGCCCAGUUCUCUUCACGGAUGAGAGCAGGCUCACGCUGAGCACAUGUGACUGACGUGAAAGAGUCCGGAGAUACCGUGGAGAAUGUAACACUGCCUACAUCAUCAUCCAGCAUGACCGGUUUGGUGUAUGUUUGAUGUGGGCGGUCAGAGAGAUGAAAGGAGAAAAUGGAUUCAGUGCUUUAACGAUGUGACCGCCAUCAUCUUUGUGGCAGCCAGUAGCAGUUAUAACAUGGUCAUAAGGGAAGACAACAGCACUAACCGGCUACGCGAGUCUCUUGAUCUGUUCCGCAGCAUCUGGACUAACAGGUUUUUAAGGACCAUCUCAGUGAUCUUAUUCCUGAACAAACAGGACAUGCUGGCAGAAAAGAUCCUGGCAGGAAAAUCCAAACUUGAAGAUUAUUUCCCAGAGUAUGCUCGCUACACUCUUCCUCCUGAAGCGACCCCUGACCCCGGAGAAGACCCGAAAGUGUCCAGGGCAAAGUUUUUUAUCCGAGAUGAAUUCUUGAAAAUCAGCACAGCAAGUGGCACAGACAAACACUACUGCUAUCCUCACUUCACCUGUGCCGUGGACACAGAAAACAUCCGUCGUGUAUUCAAUGACUGUCGUGACAUUAUUCAGAGGAUGCACCUCCGCCAAUAUGAACUCUUGUGAUUGGCUGCCUGGAUCAGUCACUCCUCCAAUCAACACUUUUCCAGUCCCACAUAACAUGGGGUCUUUAAGAACUACUGAAGAAUGACAAUGUUGUCAUGUUUUUUUUGUUUGUUGUUUUUCUGCUUUUCACUUGUUUGCUCUCCUUUUUUAAUUUAUUUAUAGUUUAUAUAUAUGUAUAUAUAUACAUGUAUGUAUAUGUAUGUGUAUAUAUAUAUAUAUAUAUAUAUAUAUAUAUAUAUACAGUUUUUGAAGUGAGAGGGGAAAUGAUAUGAAUGUGUGGGUAUAAGAUGAAAUUAUUUCUAUUUUAUGUUUGUACCACUCCCAGGUAAUUUCUUUUCUUUCUUUUUUUUUUUUUUUUUUGUAUUUCAGCAUUGGCUGGCUUUAGAUGAGGGUAGGUUAGAUUAGAAGAUUAGAUGUGGUUAGACCAGCUGACAUAAUGGAAACCUGUGGUAACCUGUGACCUGUGUCAGGAUGGUCUGACCUUUGACCUUUCCCCUCCAUCUAAUGAAGGGGAUAUUGGAGUACUUGACAUAGGAGUCAAGGGGUACAUCAAGGGUUUAAUGAAGCACUUUGCAUCAGUUGUUUCCUAAAUGAAAGCCAGAAGGCAAAAUUCACAAUGUAGCACCUAUGUAUUUAUGUUUUUUUUUUUUGUUAGUUUUUGUUUUCUCCCCUCCCCCCACCCCACAUUAUUAGUUUAGUUUUUUUUUUUUUUUUUUUUUUUUUGCUUUUUUUCUGCAAAACAUGCAGAAAGGACUUCAGGGCUAAAUAGGAGUUUGUAACCAACUACAGAGCACAGAGCAGGAGCAGGGGCUUGUGGGAUUUGUCAUACUCUGCAUUUUUUUUUCCUCAGUGAUUGCCAGCGGCAAUCCAUCAUGGGAGAGCUGCCACCGGCCAACCAAUGCCUCCUUUAAUAUGGGCAGCCCCCAUUUUGGAGGUAGUCCUAAAUAUAGAUAUAAAGAAAAACACAAUAUAUUUUUAAGGAUUUUGUUUUGUUAUUCUAAAGAAUGUGCAAGGUUGUUUGAUCUUGUACGGGACUGCAAAAUGUUAUUUUAUAUAACUUCAACAAGAAAGACAAAACUUUGACUUGUAGAAGCUCUUUGUGCCUUUGAAUAUGGCUGUACCUGUAAAUGAAGAUAAAGUAUGUGUGAUUGGACAGCACUGUACAGCUUGAUGUCAAAUCUUACAUGCAGCACAGCGUGCUGAUGGGAAACCGCUCUCUAGACAUUUUUUUCUGGUUUAUAAAGCUAUUUAAAAUGUCUUUUACUAUAAAAUUGAGAAAAUUAGGCAAAAAAAUCUUGGUAUACAAUAUGCAAAAUUAACCACUUUGUUUAGAAACUGCAAAUACAGUAUGUCUUACAAUUCUUUGAAUUUCUGUUUUUGUCGGACGGACUCAGCUUUAAAAAAACUUUGGAAAUCUUUUCAAAAUUUCCAAAAUUUUGACCUGCUGUUGUUUCAGGUAGGGUGCAUUUUUAGAAGUGGCAUGUAUGCAGACUGUACGCGGGGUCGUGCCGGUGAAAGUGUGUAGGUAUGUGUGAUCGCAUGCGUGUGCACAUACAUUUGCAGAUAUACCACAUGUUGUACUGUACAUGUGCAUUCUAUGUGUACAUAUACAUUUAUAUAACAAAAAAUACAUAUUCUAUAAAUAUAUAUGUACAAUUAUUCAUAAUAAUAUGUGUGCCUAAAUGUAUACAUAUUUAUGAAUGUUUAGCAAGGUUGUAUGCAUAGCUAUGCAUAUACAAAUGCAUAAUAUAGAAGAAAUGAGGAAGCAAGACUAGUGAUUCUUUACUGGCCGUCCUGAGCGUGUACUGACUGCGCUGGCAUUGUGAAUGUGAGCACUGAUAGUGUAAAUCUCAUAGCUUGAGUGGGUCCAUACACCUCUCUCAGUCACCAGUGGGGCAGUUAUCAUAAGUUCAAAGGAAUAGUGCACUGAAAAUUUAAAUUUAGAAUUUGUACUGAACUAUACAGGAAGAACUUCAUGAAGAAUCAUGCAAUAUUUAAUUUGUGUAUUCAAAAGAUAAACUGCAUGCAGAUUCUGAAUAACUUGAGUUUGAGUACAUUUUUUUAAUCUGUUUUUUUUUUUUUUUUUUUUUUUUUUUUCUGGUCAGGAGAAAUACUUUAAUACGUUGAACACAAGUGGCUGCGUAAAUGACAUAAUUCAAUGCAUACACACUUGAGUCCAUGCCACAAACUCUUAAUUUGGAUCCCUGACUGUAUUCUUGUGGUCCACUUCUCAACUGGUGAAGUGCAGGGACAGUGUGUAAUGAGACUUAGGCUGUGAGUGGGUGUAACACUGGUAGAUAGGCUUUAUUCUUCUUACUAUCCUCUGCAGCUUUUACAUGUUCAAACUUAUUUCCGAAACUGAAAAUACAAGUUACAAUGAAGAAAAAAUAAUCUAAAAAUAAUAAUAAUAAUAAUAAUAAUAAUAAUAAUAAUAAUAAAUCACUUGUCUCUGGCCUUUCAAGGAUUUUAAGGUUUUUUUUUUUUUUUUUUUUU